AUGGGCCGUCAUGUCUGUCGGCGAUUAUUCUCUUUACAUCACUUGCUAGUCGCGCUCGUCCUCGUCUCGCUCCUCGUCGCCCUGCUGCCCUCCUCGCACGCGCAGCAGCCGGGCAUAUCGACGAAGAUGGCGAGGGAGAUUCAGCAGGCCAAGAAGCAGCUCAAGAAGAUGAGGAUAUUCGGACCCAUCACCGAUGUGAUUGACCUAUUACGUACGUUCCGUGGCGGGAUGAAGGAGGCGUCUGUCAACCCGCUGAAUGGGUUGAUCAUUCUGCUGACCCGCGUCCGCCUUCACCGUCACAGCAACUACAACCGCGAGCGCCUGUGCAGGCGACCCUUUCUCUCGCCGUUCAAGCUCUCUCUUGGGCCUCCUCCUCUCUUUCAUUCUCCUCCUCUUCCCUCCACCCCCCUUCUCUCCCCUCCACUACCCUCCUCUCCCUUCCAUUCCCCUCCUCUCCCUUCCAUUCCCCUCCUCUCCCCUCCACUCCACUCCUCUCCCUUCCACUCGUCUCCUCUAAUCUCCACUCACCACCUCUCCCCUCCAUUCCCUUCCUCUGCUCGUCCCUCUCCUCCCUCCACUCAUCCUUCCCUCUCCCACCUUUCCCCUCUCUUCCCCCCUCUACUCCGGCCCCUUUUCUCCCCCACCGCCCCUAUUUUCGCAGUGACGUCUCUCAUCCCCGCUGCCAUGACGUCGCUCAUCCCGCUGAACGGGGUGACCAUCCUGCUGCCGCUGCACGCGCGCACCAUCCGCUUCUUCAUGGCCGCCUUCUCCUCGCAGAAGCAGCAGCAGCUCAUCGCCUACCACAUCCUGCAAGGCCGCUACGACUUCCGCCGCCUGCGUUACCAGCCGCGCGGGCGGCGGCUGAGAACACUGGAGGGCACGAGCCUGGUGAAGCGCGGGCGCAAGGGCGGGCUGCUGGUGGCCGUCAAGGGCAAGGGCGGAGCGCCGGUGCCGAUUGUGAUGCCGAAUCUGUUCAACGGGUCGCAGUUCACCAUCCAUGCCGUGUCCGAGAUGGUCGUGCCGCAUGACAUUUAUUGA